CUGAAAUCAGCAAAGCAAUAAUCAAAAAGCAGAGCUGUUUGAGGAAUGCAACAAUAAAGCAGAUACAAGAAAUUUCACAGUGGGAUAUCAGGUCUUUAGUGUGAAGAUACAUCUAUACUAAACCAGGAAUCAUUGGCAGUGACAUUUGGGCACGAAAACUUGGAAGAUUAAACAAUUGUGAAGGUUGAUCAUGGAAAUCAAAGAGGAAGGAACAUCAGAAGAAGGCCAGCACUUUCUUCCCACACCCCAGGCAAAUGAUACUGGGGACUUUCAGUUCACGAGUAUUCAGAAGACUCCAAAUGAACCACAGUUGGAAUUCAUCCUUGCAUGCAAGGAUCUUGUGGCUCCUGUCCGUGAUCGGAAGCUGAAUACGCUGGUGCAGAUCUCAGUAAUCCACCCAGCAGAGCAGAGUCUGACAAGAUACUCGAGCACGGAAAUUGUGGAGGGAACAAGAGACCCACUGUUUUUGACUGGUGUCACAUUCCCAUCUGAGUAUCCCAUCUAUGAGGAGACCAAAAUAAAACUAACCGUCUAUGAUGUCAAGGAUAAGUCUCAUGACACUGUUCGAACCAGUGUCCUACCUGAACAUAAGGAUCCCCUGCCAGAGGUUGGGCGAAGCUUCCUGGGCUAUGCCAGUUUUAAAGUGGGGGAGCUACUGAAAUCAAAGGAGCAGCUGCUAGCCCUGAGCCUGAGAACUUCAGAUGGUGGUAAAGUUGUUGGCACCAUAGAAGUCAGUGUCGUGAAGAUGGGGGAGAUUGAGGAUGGGGAAGCCGACCACAUCACGACAGAUGUGAAGGGACAAAAGUGUGCACUGGUAUGUGAAUGUACAGCCCCAGAAAUCGUGAGCGGGAAAGAUAGCUUACCUUUUUUGAAUGCAGUGUUAAAGAACCCAGUGUGUAAAUUAUAUAGAUUUCCCACAUCUGACAAUAAGUGGAUGCGAGUCCGGGAGCAGAUGUCAGAGACCAUACUUUCAUUUCAUAUUCCUAAGGAAUUGGUCUCUCUUCACAUAAAAGAAGAUUUGUGUAGAAACCAGGAGCUAGAAGAACUUGGUGAGCUUUCUCCACACUGGGACAAUCUACGGAAAAAUGUGCUUGCUCACUGUGAUCGAAUGGUGAAAAUGUACCAAGAAAUUCUGAAAGAACUUGGCAAGGAAACAGGGUCCUCUUUCAAAUCAAGCAGCAACAAAGGAGAGAGAACAUUGGAAUUUGUUCCAGUAAAUCUGCAUCUGCAAAGAAUGCACGUACACAGCCCUCACUUGAAAGAUGCUCUCUACGAUGUCAUCACUGUGGGAGCCCCAGCUGCCCAUUUUCAGGGAUUUAAGAAUGGUGGUCUUCGGAAACUGCUCCAUAGAUUUGAAACGGAAAGGAGAAAGUAAGUGAUGACAGGAUGCAUUAAUGAUAUUAUCUUCCCUUUGGGGAAGUUUGUAUACGAGGUUAGCAUAAAGAAGCUUGAUCU